AUGGCCAUAACCUUUCUGACCUCCGCGGCACCACCGCCGCUUCGUCCCCGUCCCUGCCUGCGCGCUGCAGCCGCCCUCCGCCGGCGCUGCGCCGCGGAGAGCCCGGCAGAGGAGCGGAGUAGCUCGCCUCUACGCCGGCAGGUCCCGGCGGCCGCUCGGGGCCGGCCCCGCACUCCGCGCCCGCGCCGAGUUUCUCCGGUGGCUCAGCCUCGCCCUAAAGCCCCCGCGCUCCCCGUCGCUCGCACCCGGGCCCCGCCGCCACGGAGCUCGCCCUCCUCCUUCCGCGCUCCUCCGCGCCCCUCCCGGGCCGCGGCGGCGCGGGUCGGUACCUGCUCCCGCGGGCCUCGCCGGAGCCGUCGCACCGGUGGCGGUGGCGUGUGUGGCCCGGCGGCCGCGGGCGGCGGGAGCGCGGAGCGGGGUGGCGGAAGGGGAGCGCAGUUUCACGCUGCGGGGCAGAAGGCCGUGGCCGAACGAAAUGCGCCGCCGUCCUCUCUCCCCGGACGGGAUGCCGCCCGCCUCGGUCCGGGCACGGCGCGGCGAUGGGGGCAGCCUGUCCCUGGCAGCCCGGCCGUGCUGCCGCGGUCGGGUUGCCUCCUCCCCGGAGCCAAGGCUGCGGGCCGGGCCGGGGCAGGCCGUCUCUGCCGCCGGGCUGGCUGGUCGGCCGGGGCUGAGGGAGCCCUCGAUGGCGAAGUCCGCGCUGGCCCGGCCGCUAGCGCUCGCUCCGCUCUCUCCGCAGGCGGCUGCGAGGAGGGCUUCCUGGCGGGCUCCCCGCCCGCUUCCCCUGGCGGCUCCCCCAAGGGCUCGCGGCCCGGCUCGCCGCUGCCCACGCCGCAGGCGCCGCGGGUGGACCUGCAGGGCGCCGAGCUCUGGAAGCGCUUCCACGAGAUCGGCACGGAGAUGAUCAUCACCAAGGCGGGAAGGCGGAUGUUUCCUGCAAUGAGAGUGAAGAUCUCAGGUUUAGACCCACAUCAGCAGUAUUACAUUGCUAUGGAUAUUGUGCCAGUGGAUAACAAAAGAUACAGGUACGUUUAUCAUAGUUCCAAGUGGAUGGUGGCUGGUAAUGCUGACUCCCCGGUGCCGCCUCGUGUUUAUAUUCAUCCUGAUUCACCUGCCUCGGGGGAGACAUGGAUGAGACAAGUGAUCAGCUUUGACAAACUGAAGCUUACCAAUAACGAGCUGGAUGAUCAAGGGCAUAUUAUCCUUCACUCUAUGCACAAAUAUCAGCCUCGUGUCCACGUCAUCCGAAAAGACUGCGGAGAUGAUCUGUCCCCUGUCAAGCCCAUCCCUUCGGGAGAAGGGGUGAAAGCCUUCUCCUUCCCUGAGACAGUCUUCACUACUGUCACAGCAUACCAAAAUCAACAGAUAACUCGUCUGAAGAUUGAUAGGAAUCCAUUCGCCAAAGGCUUUAGAGAUUCGGGCCGUAACAGAAUGGGACUGGAAGCUCUGGUAGAGUCUUACGCCUUCUGGAGACCUUCACUGAGGACACUUACAUUUGAGGACAUACCUGGGAUACCCAAACAAGGAAAUGCAGGUUCCUCUACUUUACUCCAGGGAACUGGCAGUGGAGUGCCAUCUACCCACCCCCACCUUUUACCAGGCUCCCCUUGCUCAUCUCCCGCCUUCCACCUCAGCCCCAACACCAGCCAGCUCUGCACCCUUGCUCCAGCUGACUACACAGCCUGUGCCCGCUCGGGCCUGACCCUGAACAGAUACAGCACCUCCCUGGCCGAAACCUACAACCGGCUCACCAACCAGACCAGUGAGACCUUCGCCCCCCCAAGGACUCCCUCCUACGUCGGCGUGUCGAGCAGCACGACUGUGAAUAUGUCCAUGAGCGGCAAUGAUGGGGAUGCAUUCAGCUGCCCACAGACUGGCUUAUCCAUGCAGAUUUCAGGGAUGUCUCCACAGCUCCAGUACAUCAUGCCUUCCCCAUCCAGCAAUGCCUUUACCACUAAUCAAACCCACCAAGGCUCCUACAACACAUUUAGACUGCACAGUCCCUGUGCACUCUAUGGAUAUAACUUUUCCACAUCCCCUAAACUGGCUGCCAGUCCUGAGAAAAUAGUUUCUUCCCAAGGAAGUUUCUUGGGGUCUUCACCAAGUGGAACCAUGACGGAUCGGCAGAUGUUGCCCCCUGUGGAAGGAGUGCACUUACUUAGCAGUGGGGGGCAGCAGAAUUUCUUUGACUCUAGGACCCUAGGAAGCUUGACACUCUCAUCUUCUCAAGUGUCUGCACAUAUGGUUUGAUGAAGCCUUUAAGUAAAAGUACAGUAUGUUUGGUGUCUACAAUGUAUUUCUUUCGGAAUAUGAAAGGACACUCGAUGUAGCUUGUAAAGUGUGUGUAUAUAUAAUAUGAGAGGAAGUUUCACUGAAAUUUUGCCUUGCUUGUGGCCAGAUUAUUCUCCUAUUUUGAGUUACACAGAGUUUGCUGCGGUGCAGACUGCUUUAGUUUUCUGGUAUAAUACACUUAGUUGUAUAACACGUUGGGACAUAUGCAACAAAUUAAGUAAGACUUCCUCCCCUUUCCCCCUCCUCUGUUCUAACCCCUUUAAAGAAUGAAGUGACACUUGGAGUAUUAAACAACACAAAAAAGCCCACUUAUAUUUCCUAUAGUACUCUAUAGUGAGUUUCUUUAAAGCAUUCAUACAAUAAGCUGAUGCACCAAAGGCAUUUUACAACUUUCUUCUGUUAUAAGGGAUACAAAGGAUAUUUGGACUUCUUAGUGUUAAGCAUCAAGCAUCCAGCCUAAAAUAGAAGUUUAGCUAAUGGAUUAUUUACAAAGUAAACAGAAAGAUUAGUUUGCCUUCGCAUGAUAUGCUGUUUUUAGCUUAUCAACGGCACAGCAUUCUCACUGAAGAUUUGGUUUUAUUCAGCAUUAGUCUAGAUUUAUGAUUAUAUAUUUGAAGACAAAUAAUGCAUAUUCAAAUUGCGGUGAUAGGAAUAAUUCAGACAAACAGCACUAGAAGCAGCAUUCCUUUGUAUGAAAUGAACAUUGGGGUGCUUAAUUUUUGUCAGAGGUAGGGUUUGAUGCAUUUUUCCUCCACAAAUAUUGCCUAUAAGACAUUUACUCGACAGUAAGAUAUUCUAAUGUAUCUUUGUUUUUGUAUUCUUACUUUUUUAAAGAACAAUUCAG